AUGUGUGAUGUCAACACCGAUUAUAAGAGCCUUAAGUACUGCUUUACCCAAAAAGAGUUGAAUAUGCAUCAAAGAUGGUGGUUAGAGCUUAUCAAGGAUUAUGACCUACAGAUCUAUUACCACCCUGGUAAGGCUAAUACAGUUGCAGACGCUCUUAGUAGGAAAGUUAGAGGGAAUCUAGCAAGUUUACUCACAAGACAGAAAGAAUUGCUCCUUGAUUUGGAAAGAAUGGACAUGGAAAUUAUGUUACGUGAACAAGGUGUAGUGUUAGCAGCAAUAGCAGCUCAGCCAGCAGUUAUUAAAGAAAUUAAACAAAAACAAAUGGAAGAUGAUCAUUUAAAGAGCAUUUGUGAGGAGAUGGAAACAAGGACAAAGCCCAGGUUUACGUUUGAAAAUAUGGUGAUGAAAUUUAAAGAUAGGUUGUGUGUCCCGAAUGCCCCAGAAAUCAAGAAAAGAAUUAUGAAGGAAGCGCAUAAAUCCAAAUUUUCUCUACAUCUCGGUAACACUAAGGUGUAUCAAGAUUUGAAGCAAAAAUUUUGGUGGCCAAGUAUGAAGAAGGAAAUUGCAGAAUUAACAAAAUCUGCUCAUUUCCUGCCUGUGAAAACUCAAUAUAAUGUGAAUAGACUUGCUACUGUGUAUAUAAAUGAGAUUGUGCGGCUAUAUGGUGUUCCAAUUUCAAUUGUAUCUGAUAUCCGAAAUUUAUAUCCAGAUUUUGAUAAAGUUUACAAGAGGCUAUGGGAACAUAGUUGA